CCUCCCCCCACCCCACCCAACCCAACCCAACCCUCCCUCAUCACCGCAGCCCACCAGACCUCCCUCCCAUCAUCCCUUCCUCGAUCGCUCGCCGUCUAUUUGCUCAAACUCCUCUGCAAUUAAUCUCCCCUUCGUGGUUUGCUUGAUUGGCUGAAAUGGGCGCUUCGCUUCCACCUAAAGAGGCCAACCUCUUUAAGCUCAUCGUUAAAUCAUAUGAAACAAAACAGUACAAAAAGGGUUUAAAGGCUUCAGAUGCAAUUUUAAAGAAGUCUGCUGAUCAUGGAGAAACUCUGUCGAUGAAGGGUUUGAUAUUGAACUGCAUGGACCGCAAACAAGAAGCAUAUGAACUCGUCCGACUUGGAUUGAAGAAUGAUCUUAAGAGUCAUGUUUGCUGGCAUGUGUACGGUCUUCUGUAUCGCUCCGACAGAGAAUACAGAGAAGCAAUUAAGUGCUACAGGAAUGCAUUAAAGAUUGAUCCUGACAAUAUUGAGAUACUAAGGGACCUGUCUCUUUUACAAGCACAAAUGCGUGACUUGGCAGGUUUUGUAGAAACAAGGCAACAAUUGCUCACUCUAAAACCAAAUCAUCGCAUGAAUUGGAUUGGUUUCGCUGUUGCCCAACACCUGAACUCCAAUGGAUCAAAGGCAGUUGAUAUCCUUGAAGCUUAUGAAGGAACUCUCGAGGAUGACUACCCUCCUGACAACGAACGUUGUGAGCAUGGAGAGAUGCUUUUGUACAAGAUUUCUUUACUGGAAGAAUGUGGAUUGGUUGAAAAGGCUCUUGAGGAGUUGCGCAAGAAGGAACCGAAAAUUGUUGAUAAAUUAGCUUACAAGGAGCAGGAGGUUUCUAUGCUGGAGAAGCUAGGCCGCUUUGAUGAAGGAGAAGAUUUAUACAGAAAGCUCCUUUUGAUGAAUCCCGACAAUUACAGGUACUAUGAGGGCUUGCAAAGAUGCAUGAGACUGUAUUCAGCCAACGGUCAGUAUUCAGCUGAUGAAGUUGAUCGACUAGAGGCCUUAUAUCUAUCACUUGGGAAGGAGUAUAGUCGUUCAUCUGCAGUUAAGAGAAUUCCACUUGAUUUUCUGAGUGCUGAAAAAUUUCGUCAGGCAGCUGAAAGUUACAUUCAACCUUUUCUAAGCAAGGGUGUCCCAUCUUUAUUUUCUGAUCUUUCCCCACUCUAUGAUCAUGCCGGAAAGGCAGAUAUUCUAGAGCAGAUAAUUCUUGAUCUGGAGAGCUCGGUCAAGACAACUGGUGGAUAUCCGGGAAGAGCGGACAAGGAGCCUCCUUCUACUCUCAUGUGGAUUUUGUUUUAUCUGGCUCAGCAUUAUGACAGACGUGGUCACUAUGACGUUGCUCUUAGAAAAAUUGACGAGGCCAUAGACCAUACUCCCACGGUCAUUGAUUUGUACUCGGUGAAGAGCCGGAUAUUGAAGCAUGCUGGAGAUCCUGUAGCAGCUGCUGCCUUGGCUGAUGAAGCUAGAUGUAUGGAUCUAGCUGAUCGUUAUGUGAAUAGUGAAUGUGUUAAACGAAUGUUGCAAGCGGAUCAGGUUUCAUUGGCAGAGAAAACGGCCGUGUUGUUCACAAAAGAUGGAGAGCAGCACAAUAACCUCCAUGAUAUGCAGUGCAUGUGGUAUGAACUAGCAUCUGGAGAAAGUUACCUACGGCAAGGGGACCUUGGGCGGGCCUUAAAGAAGUUCUUGGCUGUGGAAAAGCAUUAUGCAGAUAUUACAGAGGACCAAUUUGAUUUCCAUUCCUACUGCUUAAGAAAAAUGACUCUUAGAACUUAUGUGGAAAUGCUAAAAUUUCAAGAUCGCCUUCAUUCCUAUCCUUAUUUCCGGAAAGCUGCUGUUGGGGCCAUCAAAUGUUACUUGAAGCUGUAUGAUUCUCCGCUGAAGUCUCCUGCUGGAGAAGAUGACGAGAUGUCUAAGUUGCCUCCUUCACAGAAAAAGAAAUUGAGACAAAAACAGAGGAAAGCUGAAGCACGAGCUAAGAAAGAAGCUGAAGUAAAAGAAGAAGCAAAUCCUUCUACCCUGUCAAGAUCGGGAAAACGCCAAGUAAAGCCUGUAGAUCCUGAUCCACAUGGAGAGAAGCUAGUUCAGACCGAAGAACCUUUGGUGGAAGCUACCAAGUACCUGAAGCUACUUCAGAAGCACUCUCCUGAUUAUUUGGAGACACACUUGCUUUCUUUCGAAGUUAACAUGAGAAAGCAGAAAAUCUUGCUCGCAUUGCAGGCAGUCAAGCAUCUGGUACGGUUGGAUCAUGAUAGCCCAGACACGCACCGUUGCUUGAUAAAAUUCUUCCACAAAGUGGGAUCCAUGCCUGCUCCCGUCACUGAUGCUGAAAAACUUGUAUGGGGUGUCUUAGAAGCCGAGCGUCCUACAAUUAGUCAGUUGCAGGGGAAGUCGCUGAGUGAGGCGAACGAUUCUUUCCUAGAGAAACAUAAAGAUUCAUUGACGCACAGAGCUGCCGUAGCUGAAAUGAUGUUUGUUAUGGAACCAAACAAAAAGAAUGAUGCUGUCAAGUUGAUUGAAGAAUCAUCCAACAACCUUGUUUCAUUAAAUAGGAAGCUCAAGGACUGCGUUGCCGUCCACAAACUCUUGAAAACAGUUUUGGAUGAUCAAGAUGCUGCAUCUAGAUGGAAAGCACAGUGCGUCGAGCACUUCCCUUACUCAACAUACUUCGAAGGCAGCCGUAGCUCAGCAGUUCAAAGUUCAUCCCACCAACAGAUUUCAGAAAAUGGCAGCCCCAGCAGCAAUCACUCUGCUUCUAAUGGAAACAUUGAAAAGCUGAACCCCACCAAUCAAACACCUAUAUGAUUUUGGUUUAUUUUGCACCGGCUACAUCAACGAUGUCGUCGUCAACAACAGGUGGAGGAAUAUGGGGAGGAUCUACAACUACCUACAUCUCUCUCGUCUCUCUCUCUCUCUCUCUCUAUUUCCCUCUGGUAUGCCAAAUUAUGUACACACACAUUUGUCUUUCUUUCACCUGGUUUGGUUUCUGGAGUUGUGUAACUUUUUGCUGAUUUGUGAUCUGAGGAAAUGAUCUGAUCUGAUCAUCCUACAACAGCCCUCUUCUUGUCACCAUAAUAGAAUUAAUUAAUUAAGCACCACCAUUAUGUUGUAUUUUUUUUUUUUUUCAAAAUUUAUUUUUGACAAAGUUAAUUAGUUGGAAUUUGGGAUAUCAUGUAUAAAUUGUGGUUUCUUUAACUAUAUGAAAUUUUGUUUUGAUCUUC